AUGGCUCGUCUGGUUACCAGCGUUUCGCGAACUAGACGGGACACGUCGUCCUUGUCGCUCGUGCUGUUUCUUUUCGUGCUACUCCUGCUCUUCGCGACCGUCUCUCGCUCCGCUAAGAUCACAUUCAUCAAGAAGAACGGCAAGACGUAUGUGAUUAAAACAGGCGACGACGAUUGGGACGACGACGACGACGAUCUGGAAACGGACGGCGAGGAUGAACCGAAGCGAGAGGGGGCAGAUUCGACAGGAGAAGGAACAGCCGCAGGAUCUAGGAGAACGAAGCAGGAUAGCGACGAGACUAGGCGAGGCGAGGCGAUUAAGUCCGUCAAAUCGCCCCAGUCGGCCGCAGCAGCAGCGGAAGCGGCGGCGGCGGCCGCGCUGGCAGCAAUGGCGGACGACCCGCUGGUGGAGAAGUACAAACAGGAGCCGUUGGAUCCGGGAUCGUGGCGGACAGCUGUCGAGAUGCCAUUGGCGGACGUGCGCCGGCGCGCGGAGCAGGGGGACGCGGAGGCGCUGUGGGCGCUGGGGGUGAAGCGGCUGGUAGGCGCGGGGGGGCGCGGGGGAGUUGCGCGGGAUAUUCCCAAGGCGCUGCUGCUGCUGGAGCGAUCCGCGGAGAAGGGCUUCCCCCACGCGCACUCCGCGCUGGGGUUCCUCCAUGCCAGCGGAUACGGCGUUCCGAUGAACCAGGUGAAGGCGUUUCUCCACCACACGUUCGCCGCGAGUGGAGGCAGCGUGCACUCCAAGAUGGCGCUCGCCUUCUCGCACCUCCGCCAGCAGGAGUUCGAGCGCGCCGCGGCGCUCUACGCUGACGUGGCAGCCAAGUCAAUGGCGGUCAACAGCCUUCCGGGGCAGGCGCCGCUGAUAGAGACGGUGCAUCUGAGCGCUGGGGGCGAGGAGAGCUUGGAGGCAACCAGAGGGCAUCGGGGGGAGGCCGAUGAGACCAUCCAGUUCAUCGAGCUACAAGCGUCACGAGGAGCAGUGGAGGCCAUUCGCACGCUGGGAACGCUGUACUACUGGGGGGCGCGGGGCAUGCCGCGGGACCACGUGAGGGCGUUUGGGCUGAUGAAGAAAGCAGCUGAGAUGGACGACCCCCAUGCCAUGCUGACGCUGGGUGAGAUGCUGACACAUGGAGUGGGGGUAAAGGCCAACCCAGUGGAGGCCAUGGCGUGGUUCAACAAGGCCUAUGCACGCGGGCUCGUGAGCGCGCUGAACGGAGUGGGGUACCUGCACGCCAAGGGGCUGGGGGUGCCUCAGGACUACCACAAGGCUGUCCAAAACUUUCUGACAGCUGCCCGGAAGACCCGUGAUGUAGACGCACUAUACAAUCUGGGAAUGAGCCAUCUGAGGGGGCAGGGCGUGAGGCGCAACCCCAGCAAGGCGCUGCAGUUCCUGCAGCAGGCGGUGGAGGGGCAGCACGUGGGGGCCAUGUAUCAGAUGGGCAAAAUGCACCUCACAGGGACAGGCGUUCCCAAGAAUGUUGUCAUGGCUGCUCGGCUACUCAAGGCAGUGGCGGAGCGGGGCCCAUGGGGGGUCAUGCUGCGGUGGGCACACGCAUGCUUCAUGUCAUCCACCCACGGCCCCUCCCUCUGGUCCCUCUCCCGCUCCGCCUCCUCCUCCUCCCUGCCCUUCUCCCUCUCCUUCUCCUUCUCCCUCUCCUCCCCACUCUCCCCCACCUCCCUCCGCUCCUCCUCCUCGUCCUCCUCCCCCUCCUCCUGGCCUGCUUCGUGUGAUGUGGGCACAUCGCUGAUGCUCUACUCGAGAGCUGCGGAGUUGGGGUAUGAAGUGGCACAGGGGAACGCUGCAUGGCUGCUGGAUAAGGUGGUGGGUGAUUCUGUGCUGGACAAUGCGUGUGUGGGUGCCCCUCGCAGCAGCACCACCAGCACCACCACUGCCACUGCCACUGCCACUUCUGCUGCACCAGAAGCGGUUAAGAACGACAUGGAAGCUGCCGAUGGGGUUGCAAGCGAUGAGAAUAACGCAGUGGGUGGAAAGGGGUCAGCAAGUGGUGGAGAGGGGUCGAGAGGUGCAGAGGAAGCUGCUGCAAGUGUGGAAGCAUCUCAAGCCGAUGAAUCAGAAGGUGGUGGUGUAGUGCAAGGGGAGGGAGGCAGAGCGGAGGAGUCGCAGGAGCAGAAGGAACAGAAGGAACAGCAGGAGGGGAGUAAGGAUAGUGUCACUGGUGGCAGGAGGGGUUGGAGGCGGUGCAGUGAGGCGGAGAGGCAUGAGAGGUCGCACCGGCUGUGGCAGCUGGCAGCAGAGCAGGGCAGCGUGCAGGCGGCAUUGCUGCUGGGAGAUGCUUUCUUCUAUGGCCGGGGCCAAGCGCGGGACCUGCAGCGAGCAGCAGAGGCGUAUUGGAGGGCGCGGGAGAAGGGCAGUGCACACGCCAUGUUCAACCUGGGCUUCAUGCACGAGCAUGGCAUGGGACUGCCUAGAGAUUUGCAUCUAGCCAAGCGGUUUUAUGACCAGGUCUUAGACGCUUUCCCCAAGGCAGUGGUUCCAGUGAGAAUCGCUCUCUUUGGCCUCUGGCUGCGCAUGCAGUACGGCCACUACCCUCUUGUGUCCAAGGCAUUGGAUGUUCUGCCUGAGAUCGCCCCGGCUACAGCAGGAGCAUUGAAGUUGGCCCUGAGGGACGACACCAACGCCUACAUCGCAUCUCUCCUCGCUCUGCUCCUCGCGGUUCUCUUCCUCCGCUCCCAGCGCCGCCAGCAACGAGUUGUGCAAGCGUGA